AUGAAGGCAGUCCCCAUAUCAUCAGAACAAGGAAAUGAGGAAAAUAUCUUCGCAGACAAAGUAUCCCCUUUCCCUCAGACUUUAGUAAAAUCUAGGAAAGAUGAACCAAAUAGCAAACUUUAUGAGACUUUCCGUAAAUGUGAGAAACUCAAAGGGUGCAAGAAACUGAAAGUUAGAGAGAAUGUUUCUACAGUCAUUCAAAGGAAACUUCCUGCAAAAUGCAAGGAUCCAAGUAUGUUUACUAUCCCUUGCACGAUAGGUGACACUAAAUUUGAAAAGGCCAUGCUAGACUUAGGAGCUCCAUAUUCCAUGUAUGCUUCUUUGAAAUUGGGGCCCCUAGUUAAAACUGGUAUAGUCAUUCAAUUAGCUGAUAGAUCAAAUGUCAAUUCUAGGGGAGUGAUUGAGGAUGUCCUUGUAAAGGUUAAUGAAUUGGUUUUUCUUAUUGAUUUUUAUGUGCUUGACAUGAAAAAUGAUAUUAUUGAUUGCUUAGUACAAGAUGUUUUUGAACUUAAUGUAAAGGAUGAAUUGGAGGUUGCUAUUAGUAAUCAUGUUGAAAAGGAGAGUGGAGAAUUUACUUUGAGCCCUGAAUUGCGAGAAACUGUUGCAGCACUAAACAGUCUUCCAAAGUUACAACAAAUAGGUAAUGAUUCAUAUGCUGCUUUACAACCCUCGCAGUCAAUUUUUGAUUCUUUCAAGCCCUUUUUCUGGCAAUUUCAACUCUCUGACUUUCAGUUGCAUCCAGUUGAACCCGCAACAUCUUUAAUCUUCAUUUUGUGA